GAAGAAGCCUGAGAUGAAAGAAAAAGGCUCGGCAGAGAAGCAUAAGGAGAAGAAUUCAAGAGCUGCCAAGUCUCAAUGCCGCCCAGCUAACUUUGGCAAGAAGCAGGAGCAAGCCAGCUCACUCCUAGCUAAACCCGGGAGGAAGGUUGCAUUUCCAGAGGACAAGAGCAAGAGAAAGAGCAAGGAUCAACCGAAAGCAGCUGAAGAUGAGCAGGAAGAUGAUGAUGAGUUUGAGCUUGGUGAAGAUCAUGAGAUCGAUUUGCAAUGUCCUCGCAUUCGGAGAAAGCGGCAUGAACGUAAGUGCAGAAAGCUAGUUGCAUCAGAGAGUAUUGUGAAGCAAAAAGCAUUACGAUCCUAUUUGGGGGCAGUUGGAAUUACCUGGCCUGCUUUCCAGAAGGCUCAUGCUCGGCUUGCAGAAGUGAAGAAAGCAUCUGGUUGCUCCAACGGGAGCUUUGUGGACUUCCAGAACAGAUUGCUCAAUGGCAAGAAGGCAAAGAACGAUUGUCCGGCUUGCAAUCAUUUGCUGACCAGAUCGGGAUUCUGCACAUCUGAUUUGGACAUUCAUCUUGACAAAGCCCUGAAUGGAGAAGAGGACCCGUUUAUCCCUGUCGAUACUCCGGGUACUCAGCCUGAGGCAACCAGAGAUCAGGCGGAUCAAUCAGAGGCAGAGGAAGAGACUCCCGAGGAUUGGCUCAUGAAGUUUGACUUUUUGGAAGUGCUGCAGCCAG